AUGCCAAGUAUCAUCAAUAUCACCAACGACCACUUUUCUUCAGCACCCUCAGGGUUGGACUUCCUCUCUGACAGUGUUGCCUCCACAUCAUCCUUGCGCUCCAACAAGAAUGACAACUCGACGACCAUUCAGGAAUUAAAAGACCGUGAACGUCGCCGUCGCCAAUGGCUCGAGCCCGAAGACGAGUUCUCGGUACCAAUCCACACAGAGUCGCCAUUGAUCACAAAGAAUCCCCUCGACAUGUCAUCCUUCCUCCUCAACUACCGUGCCAUGCAUCGAUCUGUCGAGAUCAUGACCCCUCCUCCCUCCAAGAACCAUGAUGGAUUAUCAUCAACACCGCUGCACCCAACACUCCCCGAUGGCCCAAUCUAUAUCCACCACCGGUCAACCCUUGCCGAAAGCCCUCUCUCGAACGCCUUGUCGUCCUAUACUCAUUUGCAGCGAUUUGAUCACCAGUCUAAUUCUGCUGUCCCAAGUUCAAAGGGUCCAGACUGUCGGAUGAGCCGCGUGCUUUCCAACUCAGCACAACAGCAAUCAGGAGCAGGAGGAGCAUUGGCCAAGGAGGACCAGGACCGAUACCACAGCUAUUCACAGGACUCUGCAUCAUCAUCUCCACGAUUUACCCAAUCUCGAAACAACGAUCCAUCGUCAGGAGAGCACUCGUUCUUGGAAUCCCAUAUCGCGUCCAUCAACCAAUGGCUCGCCACCAACGCCAUCUAA